UAUGGAUUUAUUACAAUAUAUGGACAAUAGGUGAUAUUAAUUAAGACAAUAUUUCCGAAAUUUAAAGAACAAGAGAGUUAUCAUCGUCACCAUCAUCGUCAUCGUACUGUAUUCCGCUCAUGAAAACCAUGACAAGGCUUAAGAAGAAGAAACAAGAUAGAUCGAGUAAAGCUGAAUAUGCACGACCGAAUCUAAAGAAAAGGCGGACUUGUGAAGUGUGAACAAUGAACAUUACGAGGAUGAAGGAGCCCCUAAUUUCUAGACUUGAUGAUGACUGUAAGUAAUGAAAGGAAACUGCUCGGAAGGAACUAUCAGAGGCAAAAAAGGAUUAACAACAACUUCUUUAUGUUCGAUACUGGAAAUUCCUCAAAAACCUCAAAUUCAUACUCUUACUGACCUUUUAAAUUUCUCAACAUCACACCCGUUCAUUCUUAAUCAAUCUUUGUGUCUCUGCUCAAUAUUCUUAUUUUACAUUCCCAAGGGAGUAUUUUUCUAACUAUGGACAUCAUCACAAUAAUUUGGGCUUUGAUCGGUCUAUUAUAUCUGGCCAUGUUAGUUGUGGGAUUUUUUCUUGAUGAGAAAUUAAGGGUUCUUGAGGAUCAAACUGAAUACUUAAUUGCCAGGAUACAUGAUGUUGGAGAUAUGUUAUCUUCUCGUAUUCACCGUGUUAAGAAUCCAAAAUUAGGUAAUGAAGAUCUUAGCCGUUGGAUGUCUAAAGGGCAGGCUCUAGAGAAGAGCGUGAAGUACUUGUUAGGACAAAUUGGGGGUUGGAAAAGUCUGUUUAUGAGUGUGAAGAUAGUAUGGGGCGUUGGAAAAUUGGUUAGUGAUUUGGAAAUCCAUAACAGAAAAGGUGAUGUGCUCAUUAGGGAUCUCUUGCGUGAUGCAAGAAGCUUAUGUCGUAGCUCUUAUUUACCGGUGAAACCUGUAGUUGGUCAAGUAGCUUCAAAUACUUUGAAGCAACUUGAGCUUCUUUUGCAAGAAGAUAAGGUUGGGAGGAUUGUCAUUCACGGGGUAGAAGGAGUUGGCAAGACUUUUUUGAUGAAACACUUGCACAAUAGUGCGUUACGGUGUGUUGAGAAGUUUGAUAAUGUGAUUUGGGUCACAAUUCCAAAUCAGUUUACUAUCAAAUGUGUGCAGGAUGUUGUUGCUGCUUUGGUAAACUGUGAUCUGACUAGUGAUAAUGACUUGAAUGCAAGGGCUAGAAAACUGUCAGAUAAACUUGCAAGUCUUGGUAGUUGUGUACUUUUCUUAGAUGGUGCUCUAGGAAAAGAUUUUUCUUUAGAUCAGGUUGGAAUUGAUCUAGUUCCAGUAGAAGGCAGCAAGUUCAAGCUGGUAUUAACUACUAGGUUUACCUUUGGAUGGAGAGCGCUGGCUCAUUUUAAAGCUGUCAAAGUUGAUACCCUGCCAAAGGAUGAAGCAUACGAAUUAUUCAUCAAGGAAGCUAAUCUGGAGAAAGUAUCACUUUCUUCCCUUGGUCGCAGUCCUAGUUUACUUGUCGAUAGGUGUGGUGGAGUUCCGCGUAUGAUUGUUGAUUUAGCUACUAGGAUGUGCGGCAUAGAUGAUCAUCAUGAAUGGAGAAAUGCACUCUGAGUUAGGAUUUUGGGGAUGCAAAAUGAACUUCCAUUUGAGGUCGUAAAUAACCAAAAGUAACAUGCUUAUUUAGAGUUUCACUUUUCAUGGGCUCUAUAGUUGAGUCAUCUUAUAGGAAUUGGGUUCGAUGCAGGUGAAAGAAAUUGUUCUGCACUUCCUAGUUGAGGAUUUAAUUCAUCAAAUAGGAUGAUUGAAGAUAAAAGAGCUUGCAUUUUUUUCUCAUUCUUAGAAUGAUGUUUGAUAAAAUUAUUAUGUGAAGUAAUUAUUGCUAGAGCUUAACUUAUAGUGCUCUAAAAUAUUAUUGUUCAUUAUGAUAAAAUGCAUUGUAUCGAAACUACGAGUAACUAGUGAAUACAUUGUAUAUGAAGAGUUAUCAACUAUGAAAUCUUUGCGCUUAGAAUAGUUUAGAGAAUGAGAGUGUUAGAAUGUUAGUAGAAUGCGGGGACCACCCCCUAAUUUAUUUAAGAGUUCGAUUAUGCCUUACUUGGAGUUAGAAUGACUCCUUUAUAGGUGAAUUUCAUAUUUUGUUUGAGUUGCUCAGUAGGUUUUGGCGUUCUGCUAUCCCAAGGCGCUCAUUAAUAGUCGAAAGUGGGAGUUAUUCCCAUUUGAUAAAUUAUUAGAUUAUGAUUAGCUGGCGUGACUCAACUGGAUUAUGUCCGAUUGAUUUAAUAGUCCCCUGGGUGAGUAUCCGACGGGAUCACCGUAAGAGGGCUAGAGCAUACUUUUGUCAUUGGGCGCCGGAUGGCCGAUAUCGCCCCUUAACCGAGGUGUUACCAUGCGGGCCUUGCAAACCCCAAUAUGGUGGCCUCUUCUGGUUUUUGUAUCCCAGCGUGUUAGUUUUUUUCCCGAAGGUGGGACCCGAGAGGGUCAGCUGGAGGGGGUAAGAGCUCAUAUUUUGCCAUGGGCACCGGAUGGUCGAUAACACCCUUAGCCUUGUCACUAUGCCAUGAAGUGGAGAAAAGAUCCACAAAUAGAAUAUUACUCAUCGAUAGAAUGUUUAUUCAUUCAUAGAAAGCUUACACAUUGAUAGAACGUUUACUCAUUGAUAGAAAAUUUAUUCAAUGAUAGAGUAGUUUAUGCUAGUGAGAAGUGCACCUAAGUUAAGUUACCUUAAGGGAGUUACCAGUCCCAAAGAUGGACUAUGAUCACACUUAUUCUAAGAUAGACAAGCUCUAUAAGGUCAUGUGUUAGGUACUCUGUUAAUGCCUUGGUUGAGUUGAUACUACGCGUGUUUUGCAAGAGUUUAUGUUUUGAGAAGAGGAGUGUGAAGACCUGCAUUCUACCCCAAGAACACAUGGUUCAGGUUGGAAAGAACGUAAUGAGAUUAAGAAGUAUAAGUGGACGAUAAACGAUUACUAUCUGUGCUUGUGUCUAAUGAAAUCAUCUUAUGUUGUUGUAUAAUAUAAUGUUAUCUAGUAGCUGGCCUUAUUAUAUUUGAUGCUAGUUAAUAACGUGUACAUGUUUGUGUU